AUGGAGCGAGGACAAGUUAAAUCAAGAAUUCCAACAGGAUCAAGGAUUCCCAGAAGAUCAUCGGCCAGUCAGGAGACUGGAGUUAGGCCGGGAAAACAUCGUUCUUCAAACAAAGGUGUUCAGAAUGCAAGCGAACAACAAUCGGAAGAAAAUCAUAAAAUAUGGUUUUUGAACUACAAUGACCCGAACGUUGAGAGGAUUGAGGACGAAACUCCGCCGAUGCUGGUACCUAGUGAUAUCCAGGUCUCGUAUGGGGAUUUCAUUGAUUCGAAUACAGAGUGGAUCGAGGAUAUAACUCCGCCGCAGCUCGUUCCUAGUGAUAUCCAGGUAUGGUUUGGGAAUUUAAUUGAUUCGAAUGCAGAGUUGAUCGAGGAUAUAACUCCGCCGCAGCUCGUUCCUAGUGAUAUCCAGGUAUGGUUUGGGAAUUUAAUUGAUUCGAAUGCAGAGUUGAUCGAGGAUAUAACUCCGCCGCAGCUCGUUCCCAGUGACACACAUCUGGAGGAUGACAUCGAUGAUGUGUGUGACUGGGAACCAGGAGAUAUUCCAGAGAUCAAUUAUGCAAUUUUUAAGCGGAUAAAAGCUGAGAGAGAUCUCUGCAAAAUGAAGGCGGAGAACGAAAAACUUCAGCAGGAAAAUCAGCGACUGAAGGCAAAAACAGGCGUAAGCCUAAUAAGUCGAUGCUGCUUCCGGUUCCUACUGUUCAUGGUGGGCGAGGUGGCGGAAUCGAUUUUCAGCUCAUUUUAAAUUAAUCGUAUGAACUGAAUGUGGUGGUGGAUGUUUGUGUGUGUUAUGUUUGGCUUUCUUCUUGUUGCAAGUUGUUAUUUUGUUUUGUUCUGUUUUCGUUAUACCAUUCCAUGUAGCAGAUUUUACUUCAGCUUUUGUUAUACGUUUAGUUGAUUUUAUGCGUUUGUUUUCAUGUUCAUAUUUAUGUUUUGUUUUCAUGUUAGCAUUUUUGUUGUUAUGCUAUUUGCAUUGGGUUUUUCGAUAGGAUUUUCGUUGUUGGAUUCAAUAUAAUAUUUUUACAUCAUUUUUUCAGUUGCCUGUUAGGAUUUUGUUAUUCUAUUCACAUAUAAUUUAUUUAUUGGACUUUUUCGUUGAAGAUUUCAUUGAUAUUCUCUUCUCUUGCAUGAAAUGAUUUGAGUUCCUGUUCAAGCAAGUUUAAGACCGUGAACAAGCGAAUCCUGAGAAGCGUAGGAUCAAGCAACACGAAUGAUAUUUAAUGUAAGUAUUCAUUCCAUUUAUACCUUUUGCUAAUUUUUAACAGAAUUAUUCCUUAUAGAUUGAAGACCACACCGAGGGACGUAUGUACUUAUGGA